AACCCCUUUCCGCUCGCCUCGCCUCGCCUUGCCUCGCUGCGUCACCAACCUUGACGGCGACGUGCUCCCUUCCCCUUCCGCUCGCGGCGCACGGCGAGGCGGGGAGGUCCACUCUAUCCGCCCCGAGCUCGCCUCCGCCACCCAAAUCCCUCCCCCUCCACCCCCCAACGCCGCGCGCCUCCCACUCCCACCCAUAAACUUAUCCGCAAACCCUCCUCUCCAUCUUCACCUCCACAGCCUCCCCACGCUACCCUCCCAAUGCCGGCGCUCGGGACGCUCUCCGGCGGCGCCGCCGGCGUGGCCGGCCUCCUCCGCCUCCGCCGCGCCACGCCUUCCCCCGCCGUCGCUACUCCCUUCCCCGCCGCGGCCGCCGCCAGGUGCGCAGCCGCAGCCGCCGCCGUCGUCCCCGAUGGAGGCCAGCUCGUGUGGGGCAGGCAGCUCCGCCCUGCGCUGCUCCUCCCCGCCGCUGGAGGCCUUCUGCAGCCGCCGACGUCGCCGUCGUCGUCGCAGGCCGGCAGGAGGCAGGCGCUCCGCCCGCCCGCCGCCGCCACCUCAGGGGAAGCGAAGCCAGCGGGGUUCCUGGAGAAGUACCCUGCCUUGAUCACCGGCUUCUUCUUCUUCAUGUGGUACUUCUUGAACGUUAUAUUCAACAUCCUCAAUAAGAAGAUAUACAACUACUUCCCCUAUCCAUACUUUGUGUCGGUGAUCCAUCUGCUUGUUGGUGUCGUGUACUGCCUCGUGAGCUGGACCGUCGGGCUCCCAAAGCGUGCGCCUAUCAAUUCGACACUCUUGAAGCUGCUCUUUCCAGUUGCGUUGUGCCAUGCUCUUGGUCAUGUCACUAGCAAUGUAUCGUUUGCUACUGUUGCAGUUUCAUUUGCCCACACCAUUAAAGCUCUGGAGCCCUUCUUCAAUGCAGCGGCUACCCAGUUUGUCCUUGGACAGCAAGUUCCCCUGCCUCUUUGGUUGUCUCUUGCCCCUGUCGUGCUUGGUGUUUCAAUGGCAUCACUGACUGAACUUUCAUUUAACUGGACGGGCUUCAUCAAUGCUAUGAUCUCUAACAUCUCAUUCACUUACCGGAGCAUUUAUUCCAAGAAAGCUAUGACUGAUAUGGAUAGCACCAAUGUGUAUGCUUAUAUCUCAAUAAUUGCCCUUAUUGUGUGCAUUCCACCAGCAGUGAUCAUCGAGGGACCUCAACUAUUGCAGCAUGGUUUUAACGAUGCAAUUGCAAAAGUAGGCUUGACAAAGUUCGUUUCUGACCUUUUCUUCGUGGGACUGUUCUACCACCUCUAUAACCAGGUUGCUACAAACACUCUGGAGCGAGUGGCCCCUCUGACGCAUGCCGUUGGCAAUGUGUUGAAAAGGGUUUUCGUCAUUGGAUUCUCCAUCAUUGUUUUUGGCAACAGAAUUACCACACAGACUGGAAUUGGUACUUGCAUUGCCAUAGCUGGUGUUGCCAUCUACUCGUACAUCAAGGCUAAGAUCGAAGAGGAGAAAAGGGCGAAGAGUGCAUGAUGAGGUGGUUUCUGUGAAUAUGGCAAGGUGGCUGCGGUGCGUGCGUUAGUUUUACUCGCCUCAGGGACAACAUGGGCGAGGAUCAUGGCGUCUUCUUCUUGCGUAUCUUGUUUUUGCUUUUGGGGUUAUUUGGUCAAAUUGUUCCUAGUCUGGUGUUGAACAGCAUAUUGCGGUGGUAAGAUUGGUUAUCAUCAGUUGAUUGUCGAGAGAGCCCAAAUGUGUAGAAAUAAACGCUCAUACUUGGAAAAGCUUUUCAUUUUGUAUGUAAUAACCGAGAAUGUUAUUCGUGUCUGUGACCUUGUCUUUGUUGGCUCUGAGGAAGUGAGGAUGUUGUGUUUUUGGAAA